AUGCUGUCAUUAGAUCUAGACGAUACUAAAUACAUGAUCUGCGGUCUGUGCAUCAAACAGUUGGAGUCGUGUCAAAGGUUUAAAGAACAGGUGAUAGUCUCGCUGAGGACGCUAGAAGCCAGCACUAGAAUUAAGAUUAACCGUGUGAAAGAGGAAAUAAAUCCAGCGAUUAGACUGACUAGCGGUUCUGAUGUUGAAGACUCAGAUGUGAAAGGAAUUCUUUUUGGUGAUAUCAAACAGGAAUCGUUGCAUGAUAGUGAUUUUGAUGAACACAGCGUAUUAAACGACAUACUCAUAAAGCACGACCCGGAUGAACUAAAAUCACGGCGCUCCAGAAGAAGCACAUUAAUGACCAAAAAGAAAGUGUCUUAUUCGGUGCGAAAACAAGCGGAAUUAAAAGAAACUGAAAGGAUGUUAAAACGUGGACUAUUCCCGUUUAAAAUCGGCAAAAACCAGACAUACUCGUGCGCGAUCUGCCCAGAAAAAUCUACAGUUUUGGACGAUAUUAAAACCCACAUAACAGAUCAUAAUAUAGCUAACAUACACGUCGCCUUCAAGAAAACUAUGACCAACCAACAAAGGUUCUACAAAUAUUCGACCAAACUGAAAUGCAAAUUAUGCAAAGACGACAUAAGAGAUUACGUUACUCUGAAGAACCAUAUCGAUUCUUGCAUCAGAAGCAAUACGAAAUGCAACAAUCUGCCUUUCAAAUUAGAAAAAGACCAAUUAGACUGUCCUAUUUGCAAGAAAACGUUCCUAAACUUCGUCAGUCUAAACACACAUAUGAAUGUCCAUUACCCAAACCACGUUUGUGAUAAUUGCGGCAAAGCAUUCGCCUCAAAAGCAAGACUUCGCGGUCACAUGAGGACCCACGAAAUCGGGGAUUUUCCGUGCAGAUACUGCGACCAAAUCUUCGAUAGAGUGACGAAACGAGAGAACCACGUCAGCAAAGAACAUAAAUCAGGAAUUAGAUACGCUUGCAAACGCUGUAAUAUAUCUUUAACCUCUUUCUACGCUCGGCAGAAACAUUUAGCUGAAGUUCACAACGAAGAACUCAAGAGAUAUAAAUGUAAAGCCUGCACUCAAAGCUACAUAACGCCGGGACAUCUAUCAAGUCACGUACGAAGAGAUCAUUUAAACGAAAGGAAUCAUAAAUGCACUAAAUGCGACCAGGCCUUCUAUACAAGAAAUUCCUUGAAGAUGCACAUGAUCAAACAUGAUGGUGAACGUAUACACACUUGCAAUAUUUGCAAUAAGUCAUAUCAAAGGAAAAAAACAUUACGAGAACAUAUGCGGAUACAUAAUAAUGAUAAAAGAUUCGUUUGUCCGGUCUGUGGAAGAGCGUUUACCCAGAAAUGCACGCUGAAAGGUCAUUUAAAGGUGCACGAACGAAGAUUGGAAGAUAAUGUGCAGCCAUCCAUACAAAUAUAA